AGCCCGCGGCCACCUCGCUGCCUCCGGGGCGCUGCGGGCGGCUCUGCGCGCCCCGGCGCGGCGCUUGGACUCGAGGCCAGCUCAACUGCGGCCGCGCACAAAGGACCGCGGACACCGGGUUCCGGGGGCUGCGCCCAAGGACCGGCCCAGGGACGGCCAGCCGCGCCGCGGCCCCUCCACGCCUCCCCUCCCCGGGCGGCCGGAGCCCGAGCGAGAGCGGGCCCCGUCAUAUGACAGCGGCGACACAGCGGCCGGCGAGCGCGCGUGCUGCCCCCUCCGCUGCGCCACGGCCGCCGGCGCCUGGGGUGGCCCGCGCCGCGCUCCGCUGAGUGGUCGCCCGUCGUCGCCGCCCCGCGCCCCUCGCGCCCCGGCUCUCGGGCUCCGGGGGCAGGAGCCGAGGGGAGACCCCAGCCGGCGCCGGCGCCGAGCCUAAAAUGGCCACGCUGCUCCGCAAAAUCGGGCUCAUCCGCCUGCACAACCGGGACACCGAGGACCCCAAGCACCACCACAACCACCGCGGCGGCGGCAGCGGCCAACAGAGCGCGUCGCUGCGCGGCAAGGGCGGCGCCAAGAGCAGCGGCCACAAGCCCCAGCAGCAGCACCCCCCCGGGGGCGCGGGCGACACGAGCCCCGGGCCCGGCAAGGGCAAGGGCAAGCGCGCUCCGGAGCUGGCCCCGCGCGACAAGCCGCCGCAGCCGGCGGCGGGGGCGGCGGGGGCGGCGGGCGCCGGGGGCCCCCGGGAGCGGGCGGCGGGCGCCAGGGCGGGGCCGGGCCCGGCGGGGGCGGCGGCGGCGGCGGCGGCGGGCGGCAGCCUGGUGCCCGCGGCGCGCCAGCAGCACUGCACGCAGGUGCGCAGCCGGCGGCUCAUGAAGGAGCUGCAGGACAUCGCGCGCCUCAGCGACCGCUUCAUCUCCGUGGAGCUGGUGGACGAGAGCCUCUUCGACUGGAACGUGAAGCUGCACCAGGUGGACAAGGACUCGGUGCUGUGGCAGGACAUGAAGGAGACCAACACCGAGUUCAUCCUGCUCAACCUCACCUUCCCCGACAACUUCCCCUUCUCGCCGCCUUUCAUGCGGGUGCUCAGCCCGCGCCUGGAGAACGGCUACGUGCUGGACGGCGGCGCCAUCUGCAUGGAGCUGCUCACGCCGCGCGGCUGGUCCAGCGCCUACACCGUGGAGGCCGUCAUGCGCCAGUUCGCCGCCAGCCUGGUUAAGGGCCAGGGGCGCAUCUGUAGAAAAGCCGGCAAAUCAAAAAAAUCCUUCAGUCGCAAGGAAGCAGAAGCGACCUUUAAGAGUUUGGUGAAGACUCAUGAAAAGUACGGUUGGGUCACCCCUCCCGUCUCUGAUGGCUGAUGUUUGCAACGUUCAUUAGACGCUUAAGCCGCCUCUCCACACACACAGAUACCCGACAUCUUCUCCUCAACGCUGAGCAUCCUCCAUCCUUUUUUACUCCAGCCAGAACUGAAUCCUGAAUGCCAAGGAGACGUUUAAGUUAUUUAUGAACAGACGUGUUUACAGAGAGAAAGAGGGAGCCAACGCUGUUCGGGAUUAGGUUUCGAUUAUAAAUGAAUGAUCAUCUCUAAGUCACUUUAGAACAAAUGUUGAGAUGGUGACAUGUCCCCGCCUGCCUGCCCCUCUGCCCGCCCCAGUCACAUCGCCCUGAGCUUCUUUCCAUGACAGCAGCUCCAAAGAGCGGGCAGGAAACUCAACGCCUGCUGUUCGACCCAUCUACAUGUAAAUGGCGCCGUUCAUAUUUGAUAGGAACGCCCCACAUAGCCGGUACAUGUUUGCUGUGCUCUGUAUCCCUGUUUCUCUUCCUGGCAGGUCAACAUAACUUGAAGACGUGUGUCUUUCUGUGGCCCCAUGUGACGACAUGUAGACCUCAUUUGUGCUAUGACUUUUGGCUCAUGAAAACAAAAAUUUAAUAUUGCCAGGUUCUGGUGAUUUAAAACAACAACUGCCCACUUGGUUAAAAUGUGCUCUCUCUGCUGAUGUUGCGGUGCGCGGCUGUCCACAGAGAAACCAGCGCCCUUUGAUGAAAGGCAGGGGGUGCUGUGGCCACCAUGGGGCACACGACGGUGCAGACGCCAGGUGCGCGCUCCCUGGGGCUCAGAGCACCGGAGGGUCAAAUGUGGACAGUUUCCUCCGAUGUUCUGAAAUGCUCCUAUGACUACAUACAUCGUGUUCCUGUCUUCUCUCCGCUGGUCAACCCGCCACCAAAAGCAAAAGACAAUUUCCCAUUCACUGAAGUCAUCUGACUCAUUUUAUUCUAUGUGCUAGGGAAUGCCAGAACUGCCAAAGGGUACCAAGUGAUCGUACGACGAUUUGCAUGACCGGGUUUAUUUCUUUACCCAGUAGUCACUUGUGUGUCCCCUGAGGCUGGGAUGCGUGAGCCCCCUCACCGUGAUAUAAACCUCCUGUUAUUUAAUCUCCACACAGUUUCAUUUCUCUCUUCUGUUAAGUUACUUAGAACUUUCUAAGAAACUCCAUGAGAUGAGGAAAUACUGUUUAUAAUAAUAUGCGGAAAGAGGUAAAAAUGUUCAUUCCAAGUGGAAAAUCUUAUUGGACACAUUUUAAAUAAAAUCGUGCAUACCUGAGACACUGCCUCAAGAAUCCAAUCAUUGUGGGCUAUCCUUCCAUUCAAAAUAUUUAAUCUAUUUUAAAAAUUUAGUAUUUCAAGUCCCACCAAUACCAUGAUAGCAUUCUGCAGGAAGGUACAGGAAAUGAGUCUUAGGAACUCAUGGUCUUUGCAAAAAGCCAGUGGAUUAAAACCGUUCCCAGAUGUGACCAGGGAGACAAUUAGAAAUUAACCGAAAUCAUUAAGGGAUGAUUUGGCCAAAUCCAAAUGUUGCCAACUUUAUUUUACCACUAUGAAGGAAAAAAAAUUCUUCUUUGCUGAUUAUAGAAAAUUCUUCAGGCAGUUUUGGCUACUUGGGGACCUGUUCCAGUAUUGUCAGAGAUCUGAGAGACCUCACCUCAAAGGAUGGGAGUCGGCUCCUCCCAGCACGAUGGGCCAUUCACCAAAUCUGCCCUUUAUUGAUGCUUUUAUUUUUUUUACCACUUUCUUAUGUGCCCCAAAUACACAGGCAGCUCUGUCCAGCCAAAAUGGCAGUGUACUGAGAAUGCAUGACUUCCUGCUUAUGUUCCCUCUGAGUAAUAAGGGUCAUGAAAUUUGAUGACAAUGAACUUAAAGCGUUCACUCAUCUGAUUCUCUGUGGCAGAAUUCUCCAUCCUGGAAACCUGGCAUUUAGCAGAUGGUCUUGGACCCUCAUGCUGUUCAUCAUAAUGGAAUUACACGUGGGCAUUAAAGAGCUAAGACAGAAAUAGUUUGCUAUGGAAAGCACCUGAGUUUACUUCUUUCCAAAUAUUUUCCUUGUCUAAUGUAAAAUUAAAAGCAACUUUCUUUUAGGAAACAUAGGCAUAUAUUUGGAGUUACAGAGCAAAGCUGGGUCACUUCAGUGCUGUUUCUUGGAGCUGGUUGGAGAGCUUGUCCACAGGCUGCCCCACUCAAGGUGCAGCCGGGAGAUGUUAUAAUCCGCAGGGAUACUCGGUUACAGCCGACAGCAACGGGGGAGAUAUUUGGCUCCAUUUCCACCUCUCCAUACACCCUGAAAUCGAUUUCUUUCACAUGGUAUUUCCAUUAGGCUUGUUAGAAACUAGAAGUUAUAGAAGAAAUCUAUUCUUUAGUGAAAUGCCAUUUUUUCAUUUAAAUGGGUAAGAAUUUCUCAUUUUAAAAGCAGUGGGGAAUAAUUUAUAACUCAACUGUUGCUUUGACUCUUAGUUGGAAGCAAGAACUCCCUUCCUCGUGGCUGGAGGUGUCACAGGCAAGCACGGGGUAUUGUCAAACAGCCAGGCCUGGCUGUGGACGUGCCCCCAUGACUCCCAUGGGUGGGUCCUGCCUGCAGUCUCGUCCCUCCUCUGAAGUGGGCACCUGCCUCCGGAGCCCCGUGUGGGAGGGAGGCUCGCCCAAGAGCCAGCAAGCCUGCCGGCUGAGGUCAUGUUCCCACGCAGGCUGAGAAAUCAUCCCUCUUCAGACAGACAGCAGGGAAGGAGUCAGACGAGGGUGCCGAUGUCCUCGUCCCUCCAGCUCCACACCCUCACUGAUCUGCAGGAACCCAAGUCCAGCCAGAAGCCACAGAACCAAAGGAAGAAAAAGCUACAGACACACGUGUGCUUUCUUUCCAUCGGUGCAAAACUCCUUCCUGUCCACCCGUUUUCCUGGCCUGGUCGCCCCUCCUCUUUGCUGUCCCCUCCACUGUGGGUAAGAACCGCACGCGGGUUAUUGGCUCACUUUCUGAAGACGAACAAUUGCUUAUGCCCUAGGAAGUUCCACAUGAGCAGCAAGGCGAUUGCCCCAGGUCCCCACACACCUACACACAUGCACACACGCAAAGUCCUUAGAAGAUUCACAAUCUCUAAAAUCCAUUACUCAGAGGAAACAGGGUUUAGGCCUAAAUUUUCCAGUUCCCAAAAUUCACUCCAUCUAACAAAACUCAACUUUACUUUUUGAGAGGAAAAUAUGUGGACUAGUGAAAAAAGCCUGGGAUAGAAAGACAAUUGCCCACUAUGUCUGUUGGACUCUGGCAGCUCAUUUCAUCUGCUUGAGCCUCAGUUUCCCUGGCUGUAAAUUCCUAUGGGAUCGGUGUGGGAAUUGACCAAAACUAUGAAGGAAAGUACUUGGGAAACCAAAAGUUGUCAUAGGAAAUUUACAUGUCGUUUUUAUAGUACUGGGAAAUUUCUAUUACAACAACAGGCUUUAAUUAGAACACACUUGGAUAAAGGCUCAGAUUGAACAAUUACAGUGGUUCAAAAACAAUGACCUUGUAAUCGUAUACCAGCUUUCUGUCCCCAUCCCCCUUAAGUCGAUCAACCAAACUUUAUUGACCAUCUCCCCACUCACUCAGAUACAGAGAAUGUGGACGUUUAAGACGUGUCUCCUUCCCUGGAGGAACUCAUAAGACGAGAAUAACACCCAAGAACAAGCAACAAGUGAGUCGAGAUGAAAGAUAACUAAAUGCCGAAUUGCACUGCAGAAAGUGCAGACUCUGUGCAGACCCAGAGUUUUCCUGAUUGGUAACCAGGGAAGAUUUCACUGAGUAAGUCAGGUUUGAGGUAUGGUUGGGCGAGAGGGAAGAGGACAGUGUGGAGAAGGGGAAGGGCUGAGGACGCCCGGGUAGAGGGACGCCCGGGUAGAGGGCAUGGUCUCAUCCACACUGGGCCUGGAGGGGAGGCUGGCAGCUCCUUGCCACUUCUCACCUGUGGGGGCCCUGUCCGUAGAUCUGAUUUCAGGAGGCAGUAAGCAGUCCAACCUCACAGGCUCCCAUGGCGUGUGGGGCUGGCCUCUUACCUAAGAGCCAUAUUUCAGUGUUUUGCCUGAACCUUUCGAACAGCGUGCAAAAUUUUAAUGGGAUUUGCUUCCUACAGAGGCAGAGCUUCCUUCCCAACUAGAGUGAAGGUAGAACCAUUGAAUCCGGGAGCCCACUUAGUCUACCUUUAUACACUCACUCUAUAGUGGGAAAACAAGCCCAGAGAGGUUGAGUGUCUUUUCCAAAGUCAACUGGAGGGCUGAAGCCAAGGCCCCUGUCUUGCUGGUGCUUUCUGAUCCCUCAUGAUGCUUCCCACAGACCAUUUGGCAAUUCACAUGGUCCACAUCCCAGCACACACUUCUCAGCCCACCACUGGGGCAGUAGAGCCACAGGUCCGUCUUCCAAGCUGGCUAGGAACCACCAAAGAUGAUCCCUUACGUGUCAAACGCAAGUUGGUGCAAAGGGCAGAGUUUCCACUCCUGACUGCUUCGGGGAACUGUAGCAAGGGGCUUGGAGCUCAGCUCACGUGAUCACAAUCAAUAGUUCUUUUUCUUCAAAGACAGUAAAUAAUUUGCAGCUCCAUUCCUUAGCUUUAUGCUAUGUUCUACCUUAUCUUUCUGAUUUUUGCAGCCUCCAGUUUACAUAGUAUUGAGUAUCGUUCACCCUAGGGCCAUCCGACUCUCACAAGACGUGGCCAACGGACUGGAAAAGUCAAACAAACACUGGGAAGGCAAUAAGCCACGUCAGCUUGGUUCCAGAAGAAGCACAGGGGCAAAGUGUGCCUGCCAAGGAGACAUGAUCAAGACAGAGUAUUGGAACUGAAUGUAGAUCCAAGGGGAAGCAAUGUUUGCUUUCAAGGUCACAGCAGGGCUAGACAAAUAGCAGAGUGGACUGGGGAAGUUGGGCUCCGAGGUCAUCCUCUGGAGUCGGUAAGGCAGCAUGUAGUGAGGGAAAAAAUUCUCGCACUGCUUCCCACUGCGAAUUCACCCUGCUUCUCCUGCAGAGUUGAAGAAGGAUGCUUCCCAUUUCUUCUCCUGGAGGUAAAUUAAGUGGCCGUCCUACUUUGUAGACAAACAGUCACUUUGUGUCUCUAGAUCUUGAGAAAGCCCUAGUGUUGACACUGAUAGAGCUAAAAUAGAGCUGCUGUAACCUGAAGUGCUUGCUCUCAGUCCUGCUUGCCUCCUCUGCUGACGUGGUUUUAUUUCAUGGACGUUGUUGCCGUUAUGACCACGGCAGGGUGCUGAUCUGUAUGCAAUGGGCUACUGGAAACUUGCAGACUAUCACCAAAAUUCAAAUUGAGGCUUUGGUGUAUACUCUUGCCAAAGUUGUCCUAGUCUGUGAUCCUCAAAAGGAGAGGGGGUAAAAUUGCAUGUGCCAUAAAAUAAACAGGGAAGAAAUGUUGACAGUUGGAAGCCAAUGAAUGCAUGAGUCCAAUAAUCUAGCGGCACUGUCCCAAUGAGAAAAACAGUGAUUCUGAAAAGCAAGAUUUUAGAACCAAUAAAUGUGUUUCUAUGGAAUGUUUGUUGCGUCCUUGCACGGUCUGUGUUCGGUAUUUGUCAGGAUUUCUCUGGAUUUCCGUAUGUUUUAUUCUCUGUGGCCCAUUGUGAGUAGCUUUGUGUCGUGUGGUAUCCUCUGAUCUUCUGUGCUUUGAUUUAUUUGUGGUUUGCCAAAUGAAAACUUUGAAGCAUGUCAUGGGUAUUCUCUAUAAAAAUCAAUGAAAUGUAACUGAACCAAAUCUAAUUAAGCUCAGUGUGAUCUGGAAGAUUUCUCCUUCCGCUGCCAUUUGCAUUAUAAAGAUUUGUAAACAUGUUUGCCAAAGAUUCCCAUUAAAGUUUCUCCGCAUAAUUGAAA